GCUACGUGAGUGGCGGGUAGAAGUAGUACCAUAUAGUUUUUCACUUGUUGAUGUUUUUGUUUGGUCUAGUAGACUGUCAGAUAGAAGAUAACGCUAUUUGACCUUUAUUGUCCCUUCGAUAAAAACACAAACUUCCCGAGCCAAAAUGUCCGAAGUCCGCCGGUUUCUCCUGGACCUCGGCCGUGAAAUGGGCCGCACGGAGCAGCAGAUGGAGCCGAUGAUUGCGAAACUCGAGGAUCAAUGGUAUGACACGCUAGAUUCUCUGCGAGCAGUCACGGAUUGGUCGGCGUUGGGAUUGCCGCAGAGGUUGGUCGAUACGAUGAAGGAGCGACUCGGGGUUGGUAGUGCCGGAGCCGCAGUAGUUGUCACCGGAACCAGCCCGGCAAGCUCAUCCAGGGGCCCCAUGCAAGCAGGUGGUCCAGCACAACCGGGGAAAGGGAUUAGCCCGGUAGAAUAAUACUAACGCCGCAUGCUUUUGCUUUGUUGUGUAGUUUUCCGCGAGCAGCAACUGAUGUUGUAGUUGUUGAACUUGAAACAGAUAGAGAUUGUGAUUGAUACAGGAUGUGGAUAACACCCAUGAUGAUGAUUCGAGUACUUGAUAGUUCCAUUUGAAUGAGUUGUGUGACAAUUCAACUGGUAUUGUUGCUGUUGGAGCGCGCAGGAGAAGAUGCUAUUUGAAAACAGCCCCGCGCGGCAGCGCAGCAGCAACAGCCGCCGCCUUCUAAAGCCAACGCGUCCUCCUGGGAUCUCGCGCCCGAGGAGAUCGCGUUCCAGGGGGUCGAUGUGGAAGCCGUGGCGGCUCGGCUCAUGAGCCUGGCGAGCGGGGAAGAGUUGAGUACGUGCGUCAUGACCUUGGUCAAGCUCCUUGAUGCGGUCCUGAAGUCUCCACAAGACGAAAGCAAGCGCAGCAUCAACCUGGGCAACGAGAACUUUCACAAAAGGGUAUUGUGCGUUGUUGAUCAUUUGUCCAAUAGCAAAAGUAAUCAACAAGAACCUUCGUAUGAUGUUACCUAUGAUACUAGAAAGUCCUACGUUCUUUCUGUCGCAGCUUGUUCCGCUUUUGUGACAUUUGCAUGCGGGAGGUCCUCGCUGCAGGAGCACCAGCAGCACAAUUAUAAUCAAUAGAAAAAAAAUUAAUUGCAUAUUAUCAAAGGUCGGGCGCUUCCCUGCGGCAGUCGAAUUUCUCGAGGGUGUUGGAUUCCGAAGGGACCCUUCCGGCAGUAAGAUUGUGAUGGAGAAGGCGUACAUCUCGCGACUGACAGACGCGAGGCAAAUUCUGGCGCAAGUGAGCAGCCGCAAUGGCCUGCAGAUCCAACUGCCGCCCAUACCAAUGAAUUUCAACCCCUUUGUGUCGUCUGUAUCCACCACGGCUGGGUCUUCGGCAGGAGGCCCACAGGGCCGGGCGGCUGAGAAAAGUAUUUUAGAAGUCUUAGAAGGAGCAAGGCUGAUGCUUCUCCUGAUGAUGAUGUCGAUGUCGUGUUUUCGUACACCUAUCAAACUAACAACUACCAAAAAAUGCUAAAUGCGUGUCUGCGAAUAGGUCAAACCCGAUAUUAUUGGAAGGUUUUUGGCUACUAUUCUCUUCUCGGUUCAUCUUGGUCUUCAAGGCCGUGUUUCCCCGUUUCGACACAUAAAAAAUCAAAUCAGGAACCCAAGAGGCCGCGCAGCUUCAGGAGGAACUGUCACGGAAGCGACAGCAGCUGGAAGCGAUGGACAAACCGGAUAAUUCAGUGGACGACUCAGUCCCGCGGUUUCUCCUGGGACCACCAAAACUCUGCUGGACUCAGGAUCUAGGUUUGUUUUUGUAUAAUACGGGAGAAGUUUCAUCACAAUCACUCAAUCAUGUUCAUGUGGUUUACGGGAUGCAGCGUGAAGAUUUCUGCAUGAUGGCGAAUUGAGUCGUAAAGUAUUUGUCUACGGACCACUUUUGCGUAGUUUUAGUACGCAUCUUUAUUCAGGUUCCCUGAAAGACGCGAUUCGUGACAGCGCACUGGAUUUCGUCGGUGAAGACGAAAAUGACGAGGAUAUCGUUCGCGAUCUGGUCCGCGGCAUGCAGGGCACCGGCGCGGGGCAGUUUAAGGCAAGGGAAAAAUCAGAACUGGCCGAGUUCCAGCGGAAAAAAGUCUACCAGGUCGUGCUGAUUCGGGUUUUGUUUCCCAACAAAAUGAUCUUGGAGAUCAAGUGCAAGCCGAAUGAAACGGUAUAGAGCAGGAUGAGUUUUGCUUUAUCGAUGGGCCCCUCGUCGUCCAGCCGAAUUUACUGUGCACGGCAGCGUCGAUGGGAUCUUCGACUAAGAACUGCGUGGCAGUCGUUCUGCCGAACCGUCGGUACUGCAACAACAUGGCAAACUCUUUUUACAAAUCUCACAUUUCGAUGAACUCGAUGUCGAUGAAACCGUAUUUCUAUUUUUAGGUCCGCGCCCUGUACGCCAAAGUCGGUUCCGUGUUGCAGCUGCAGCCCGAUACAGACUUUUACCUCUACGACACCCCGCCCAUCCGCAAGCUCACCGUCCAAAGCCGCAAAACCCUGGCUGCUGAGGGCCUCGCCCCCGGGAGUAACCUGCACCUCGGGCUGCAUCCGACGUCCCAACGGCUGCAGGACUACCAGCGGGAUUUUUUGAAAAAGCGCGAGCUUCCGACCGUCGGGGCGAAGCGGCCGAUGCAGGCGAGCCAUCAGACCGUCGCGCAAGCACCGCUGCCUAUGGACGCGAAGUUUUACCUCAAAGGGGAGUGGUUUUCCAAGUUACCUCCGGAACCACUGCUGGACGCAUCCCUGGGUGCGUCCAGCUCGUCGUCCCACUGGACCCCCACGGCGAGUCACGCGACCUCGGUCGAUCGCCGGGCCCAAAACAUGGCGGCGGUGGCCGCGAGGACAGGAGCGGCGAACGGGGCACCGGGGAGCGGAAGUUCUUCUGGGAAUACGUUGCUUCCCAUGGAUACGAGCUGAUUGCUGAGCCUGAGCGGUCGGAAAAUAGUGGCGUGGGUCAAAGAAGACUCCAUAGACGACUCAGAGGCAACUUAGGGUAAAAAUCGCAAAGGCUUUGAGUCGUUCCGCACCGACAAGCUGUCGCAAUUUUGUGAAAGGCGUAGACGUGACGCGUUGUAUUAGCAUGAAAAAAAUAUGUGACUGGACAAGCAAGAACGAAUGACGUGCCAGACAACGAAGGGCCCUCAGCACUGGACCGAGCCACCUCCGUGGUGCAGUUUAUUUUUUCUCCUGUGUGUGCGUUUGGGUUUGGGAU